AGGAGGAGUCCGCUUGUCACACCAAUGUCUACUCACUUUUAAAUACAAUGCAUACAAUGAUCAUGAAGGUUUGAUGGGAGGGACAGUUUGAGCUUGUAAUUGAGGAAAUUAAUUUGUAAUGAAAGCAACUGUUAACUUUAAAACGUUUAUUUGCUCACUUUCAUCUUGGGAGAAUGCAAUUUUACUGACCACCCACAAUAGAAAGUUUUCAGGGCGGGACUUUGCCUGUUCAGCAUAUAAGCAGGAAGAAAACAGAUCUCCAAAAAAGCUUUUCAUAGCGUGGAAUAUACCCACACAUAUCUUAAAUGGGAGCACGUGUAUUUUAUUUGUCACUUAUGUAAAAUGUGACUUCACCUGGACGAUAAUGGAUGUAGCUGAGUGGACCUUUGAGGAGUUACGCGGAAUUUUGGAAGAGGGCUCCACCACUCCAUCAAGUAGAUCAGAUUUUUGACACGUGAAGGGAAAUCACAGUUCCAAUCCCAAAGACUCUGGUGGUGUUGAUCGACUGGCGUGGAGUGCAUAUGUGACACAGUGACUGCUUUACUGUGAUCAAUUUCUGCCAUCCAUUUGGGACACAUCUUCCUCAAAAAUCCACCCACUUCUUGAUUGGCUCCAACUGGAGGGAGAAUGUAUGGAAUAAACCAACGUUGUAUUUACAUAUCAUUUCAGUUGUUCGUGCUUUGGAGCUAUGCAAAGGGGGAGAAUCACCCAUCUCCUAAUUUUAACCAGUACGUGAGGACACAGGGCGCAGUGACGGACCAGAUCAGCCACAGACAGGUCAGGAUUUACCAGCUCUACAGCCGCACCAGUGCUAAACACGUCCAGAUUCAGGGCAAAAAGGUCACCGCCACAGCUGAGGAUGGAAAUGUUUAUGCUCGUCUCUUUGUUGAGACAGACACUUUCGGCAGCCGCGUGAGGAUAAAAGGUGCAGAAAGUGGACGGUACCUCUGCAUGAACCGGAAAGGAAAACUUGUUGGAAAGCCCAGUUGUUGUAGCAGUGACUGCAUCUUCACAGAGAUUGUAUUGGAGAACAAUUACACAGCUUUUCAGAAUGCCAAGUAUGACAGCUGGUAUGUUGCAUUCACAAGAAAAGGGAGGCCCAUCAAAGCCUCCAAGACAAGAGAGAAUCAGAGAGAAGUCCAUUUUAUAAAACGACUACACACAGGUUCACCUACCUUUCCCAAUAGAGACCUAGGUAAACAUUUUGACUUCAUUCGAUUUCCAGCCACACGUAGAGGAAAAAGGAACAACAAAUCACAUACUUCCACAGCAAAAAAAGAGUGAACUGUUGACAACCAUUGCAUUACAAAAAAUGUGAACUUUUUGUGCAUAUGUUGUGUAAAUAUCGUUAGCAUGUCUUGUAUGCUUCUUUGUAAAAUGAUUGUUUGUAAAUACAGAAAUUGAAUCAGAUGAUAUACAGUAUA